GUGGGUGCUAUUUCGGGGGGGCACAUCGUCGAGUACCAAAGCGAGAAUAAACGAAGCAAGAAAGUUCCAUAGCUGACGUCUCGUAAGGCGGAUUCCCAGCGUAAUCUGUGUACGCGUUAAACUGGACCCCAUAUAAGCCUCUCCCAUUGGACAAUGCGCCAACUGAAAAAGGGAGAGAUCGAGCAGAAGGAGUGGGAGGACACCCUGGAACCGCAUCAGCGGGACAGUACGAAGGAAAGCCAGAUCCUCAUGUGGAUCUGGAACUGUCUGGAGGUCGUCACCACUUUGGACUACGAACAGUUCCUCAAAGACGGUGUGGCUCUUUGCAAGCUAAUGAAUCACAUCAAGCCAGGUUCCAUAACGGACGAAAUAUUGCCCGGUGGGAACUUCCGCGAACGGCGUCGAAACAUUGAGCUCUUCCUGAGAGCCAUUGAAAAGUACGGAGUGCCCAAACAUCUGCUCUUCAAGAACGAGGACCUUCACCUUCUACAACAUCUUCCCAGGGUCACAAGGUGCAUCUUUGCACUCGGAAGACUGGUUGAUGAGGACGAAGACUACACGGGUCCGAAGCUAGGAGACGAACCCUACGAUCCAGUGAACCGUGCCGCUGGACGGCGACGUGGAGGCAUGCCCUUGGGAGACGACAUCUACGUUGCGCACGUCAAUGUCCGAAACGUCAUCCAACGCCUGCCUAGUCUCGUAGAAGGCGAGCAGCCAAUUACGAUUGGCUGAAUCUGUACCGACGAAGACGUCUGGCACCUGAGCUGGAGUACGGUCAAUAAAGUGCUCGAUUUUU